CACCUGUCAUGGCGUCACGUGCGAUAUUACAUGGUUGGAUAAUGAGCGGUUCUAUUACUGCCCGACUACUCUGGAUAUGAUUGUGAAAAGAAAACUACAGCCAAUAUGAGUUUCGAAUGGACCCAAACCCGCCCUGGUCAAGGGGAGCCUACCCCUGGCAACGAGCGAGUUCCCCUACUUGCUCUGCGACUGAUUGCCAUGAUUCUGCUGGUAUCAGUUCUGACGAUGCACGUGCGAUCUCUGAGGGUCUUUCGUUGGGAGCAGUCGGUAUCUGGUGGAGUUCUGGUGACUUACUGCGUAGCUGUGACUGGUUUAGCCCUCUGUGCGGGAGCUGACCGCUGCGGGGGCAAAGCUAUGCAGGCGUAUAUUUGCAGCACUGGUGCAGCUUUACUUCUGGUCAAUGCUGGGGCUAUUUGGCAUCGCUGGCAUCAUUCAGGGGAGCUUACCCAAGUGGUAGCUGAACUACUCUUCGCGCUAGGAGUUCCUCUACGUCGUCAGGUCAUUAUCAAGGUGUGCCUCAGUGCUGUAGCCGCAAUAGCUUUGAUGCUGGAUUUGGCUCUGGUGCCAAUAAUGACAGUUGUUAAAAAAGAAAAGUAGAGUGGUGUUUUAUUUCUGUUAGAACAUUA